AUGUCGAAAAAUAACAAACUGAAUGGGAAAGACAACAGACAGAGCAAAAUUGAGAAGCUUUCGGAAUUAAAAUUGCGUCACGAUCAACUGACAAAUGAGUUAUAUCAUCUACAUGAAUACAUAUCACUGGUUGAAUAUGAUCCAUUCUAUAUACCGAAUUCAGAAAACUAUGAAAGACUACUGGAAGAAAAGGACGUGACGUGGGGGUCGAUAUUUCAGGAGAAGAAACAGCUACAUAACGAAAGUAGCGGAAAGAAAGUUCGUAGAUCAGUGAGACAUCUUCGAGAUUCUGGGUCCAGCACCAUCAAUGAGUUAGAUACUAUGUCUGAAAAUGAUAUUAAUCUGCUAAAAGAAGUUGAUAUACUGGCAAAACAGAAACUACAAGAUCUGAAAUUACAGUUUUCAAAUUCACAUAUAAAAAAGAAAGGUAAUACUAAACGUGCCAAAAUUGUAAAACAAGUACCAAAUCAUCAGGAUAAAUCUGAAAGUCCUCAAAUUUCUGAAAGAGAUGUUAAGACUGUAGUGAAAGAUUUGAAACCAAAUCAUCGAGGUUCUGAAAUCAAACCAGAAAUUAUGGAGUCAAGCGAUGUAAAAAACGAAAUCGAAAACUGCGACUUUAAUGAAAAGCAAUUGAAGUUAUACAAAGAUGACGACAUCGCAAGCGAGUCAGAUUUUUAUUUCACUACUUCAUCGGAGGAUGAAUUGCCCAAUAAGAGAAGAGGAACGAUAAAGAGAAGGAAAAGAAUAAAUUUAUAUGUGAACCCACCAAAGGCAGUCAUAACAAACCCAGAUAAUAUAGCUAAUAGUCACUACCCCACCUUACACGAGUACUUAGACUCAUUUAAGAUAUUAGAAGAUGAUAUGACAAAUGAGGAAUAUAACACAUUCAUAAAGGAACAGCAAAGGUUUGCCAAAAUGAUCAAGAAAGGUAUUGAAACUGGAGCUCUUAAGUAUGAUCCUGUAACAGAGACCGUUCAACCUUCGGCACGAAAGGUGCCAAACAUGUUCUCUCACGCAAAGGUGGAUCCAAUACAAUAUAUGUAUAAGGAGCAAAACCUUCAUAUUCAUCAAGAACAUUUAAUUAAUCAAGGUCUGUUUUCAUCCAAGCUUGUUCAAAACAGAAAAAAACAAAGAAUAGCUGGCGCUAAAAAAAUUGCACAGAUGAUAGAGCAGCAUUUCAAACAUAUCGCUGGUGCUGAAGAUCGCCGUUUAAAAGAAAACGAAAAGCAAAGAAAGGCAAUAGCAAGAAAUAUUAUCCAAAGUGUCAAGAAGAGAUGGAAUUUAGCUGAAAAAGCAUAUAGAAUUUUGAAAAAAGACGAAGAGGAACAACUGAAAAGAAUACAAGGAAAAGAACAUUUAUCAAAAAUGUUGGAAAAAAGUUCCAAACUUUUAGGAGCCCAACUGAAACAGCAUCCUAACGAGGAUGAUAUCGAAAAUAGUACCAGUGACGAUUUUUCUUCAACUGGUGACAGUGAUAAUUUAUCAUCAUCUUCGGAUGAGGAAUCUGAUGAUGAAAUUAACGAUUUAUCAGAAGAUCAAAAAAAUAACAUCAAUGAGCUCAAAACUAGCUCAACUUCUGCAUUUAGCUCACCUGAAAUUUCAUCCCCAUCUAAAAACCCCGACUUGGGCCUAAAUUCUCUUUUGACCAACGAUUUCGAAAAUGAAUCUAAUUCAAGUGACACUAAUGAAGAGUUUAUAAUGGGUGACUCUGACACCUCCCAUUCUGAUGACGAAAAUCUGACUGAUGACAGUGAAGAUUCGAAUGACGGCGAACAUGAUACUACAUCAGAUAAUGAAAAAUCAGACUUGUUUCCAGCAGAUACGACAAAUGACCCUUUAGCUGUCCAAGAUGUGCCAACACCUUCGCUUUUAAGGGGCACUUUGAGGACAUAUCAAAAGCAGGGUUUGAACUGGUUAGCAUCAUUAUAUAACAACAAUACCAAUGGUAUUUUGGCUGACGAAAUGGGGUUAGGUAAAACGAUACAAACAAUUUCAUUGUUAUCCUAUCUUGCAUGUGAAAAGCACAACUGGGGACCACACUUAAUCGUAGUCCCAACCUCGGUAUUAUUAAACUGGGAAAUGGAAUUCAAGAGGUUUGCUCCAGGAUUUAAGGUGUUAACAUAUUAUGGAAACCCGCAACAAAGAAAGGAAAAAAGGAAAGGAUGGAAUAAACCAGAUGCCUUCCAUGUAUGUAUUGUCUCGUAUCAACUCAUUGUCCAGGAUCAACACUCAUUUAAGAGGAAAAAGUGGCAGUAUAUGGUUCUUGAUGAGGCGCAUAACAUCAAGAACUUCAGAUCGACCAGAUGGCAAGCACUUCUAAAUUUCAAUACCCAAAGACGUAUAUUAUUAACUGGUACACCUUUACAAAAUAAUAUUGCUGAGCUUUGGUCCUUACUCUAUUUUUUAAUGCCACAAACAGUGAUAGACGGACAAAAGGUCAGUGGUUUUGCUGAUUUAGAUGCAUUUCAACAAUGGUUUGGAAGACCUGUAGAUAAAUUGAUUGAAACUGGAGGAACAUAUGAACAAGAUAACGAGACUAAAAGGACAGUAGAAAAAUUGCACCAAGUCUUAAGACCUUAUCUCUUGAGAAGAUUAAAAGCUGAUGUUGAAAAACAAAUUCCUGGCAAAUAUGAGCAUAUUGUCUAUUGUAAGUUGUCUAAGAGACAGCGUUUUCUUUAUGAUGAUUUCAUGUCAAGAGCUCAAACGAAAGCUACAUUAGCUAGUGGUAAUUUUAUGUCCAUUGUUAAUUGUUUAAUGCAAUUACGGAAAGUUUGUAAUCACCCGGAUUUGUUUGAAGUUAGACCAAUAAAAACAUCAUUUUUGUUUGGUGAAUCGGUGAUUGCCAGAUAUUCUGAAAGGGCAAAUAGCAUUACAAGAAGAAUACAUUUUCAUGAUAAAGACACAUUAGUUGACCUACAAAAUAUCAAUCUUCAAUUUACUAAUAAUGAUCUAGAAAAGACCUCAUAUCAUACAAACACCAUAAACAAAUUAGCUUGCAUCAAUGAAUUUGUCGAAGAAGUACAAAAACUAAGGAAACAAAAUGCUGAGGAGGAAAGACAAAAGUCUAGACAUUUGAAAAUCAAUACACAAAAUAUAUCAAAUUUUUAUGAAGAAUUUAUGCAACAAAAACUAGAUGAGCAAGAAAAUAAAAUUAAUUUUAUUGGUUAUUUGAAUUCCCAAAGGUGCUCAAGGAAGACGGUAUAUGGUAUGAAUCUAAUCAGGUUAUUAGAAAUGCCACAUGUUUCUAAUAAUUGUAUAGAUGAUCCAAAUUACGACGAUUUGAUUAAACCUCUUCAAACUAGACUACUUGACGGAAGAACCACAAUUGAGAAGUUUGCAGUUUUAACCCCAGGUGCUGUAACUUCGAAUAUUGGUGAGUUGACGCUGGGAAUGGAUGAAUUUGUUACUCCUAAUAGCAAAUCAGGCAUAAUUCCUUAUGAAGAAUUAGUACAACUGGAUAAUCCGUUCCAUCAGGUUCAAACAAAACUGACAAUUGCUUUCCCAGAUAAGUCCUUAUUACAGUAUGACUGUGGUAAAUUACAAAAGCUUGCAAUCUUACUUCAACAAUUAAAAGAUGGUGGUCACAGAGCUUUGAUAUUUACUCAAAUGACAAAAGUUUUAGAUAUUCUUGAACAGUUUCUAAACUAUCAUGGUUAUCUAUAUAUGAGACUUGAUGGUGCAACUAAAAUCGAAGACCGUCAAAUUCUCACAGAGAGAUUUAACAGUGACCCUAAAAUUACUGUUUUCAUUUUAUCUAGUAGAUCGGGUGGUUUAGGUAUCAACCUAACAGGUGCUGACACAGUUAUUUUCUAUGACUCUGACUGGAAUCCUGCAAUGGAUAAGCAAUGCCAGGACCGUUGUCAUAGAAUUGGACAGACAAGGGAUGUUCACAUUUAUAGGUUUGUGAGUGAACAUACUAUCGAGAGCAAUAUUUUAAAGAAAGCCAAUCAGAAACGACAGUUAGAUGAUGUAAUAAUCCAGAAAGGUGAAUUCACAACAGAUUACUUUAGCAAGCUUUCGGUGAAAGAUCUUUUCGGAUCUGAUGUUGUUGGUGACCUGCCUGUUAUUGAUACCAAGCCUCUUCUCGGAUCUGAUUCAGAAGCAAUUAAAGAUCCGAAGAAGCUAGAGAAACUGCUUGCACAAGCAGAGGAUGAAGAUGAUGUCAAAGCCGCAAAUUCAGCACUACGUGAAGUCAAUGUUGAUGAUGAGGAUUUUGAUGAGUCAUCAACCAAUAAAACUGGUGGUAAUAUACUAAAUGGUGACGACAUUGAUGAAGAUGUUGAUGAAUAUGAGGGUACAAAUCAUGUCGAAGAAUAUAUGCUCCGUUUUAUUGCUAACGGUUUUUAUUUCUGA